AUGUCGUUGCAAUAUAUCCCAACAAUUAAUUUGAUAUUGAAUGGCUUCUAAAGAACAGGAUUAUCAUAAGGAUAAGCUUAUUAAAAAGAAUAAUUGUUUUCUGCACUUGACAAGCUUACUGGAUAAUUAUAUGAUCGAGAUGUUGCUUAACAAUUAUUUGAACAAUGCUAACCAAAUCAAAGAGGCCAGGUCUAAUUAGAAGAUUUUGCAUAAGUUAUUAUAGAAGCAGACAAAGUGCUAAAGAAAAAAAUAAAUCAGACAGAAUAGCAAAUGCAAUAAUACAGAGAAGAGUUGAAAGAAUGCCAACAAUUAGCAUAAGAGUUACAAUGUAUUAGAUAUUUAUAAAAAGAUAAUUAAAAACUCAACCCUUAGGGAGUAGAUAGAGACUCUCAAUUGAUAAUAGUGAUUAAACAGGCUCAUAAUAUUCAAUAUUCUGAUUAUCAAUAUAGUUUUGUUAUGAUAGCUUUAGAUGGUGCUGAAGUCUAGACCUAAAUGUCGACAGGUGAUAAAUAUAAUCCGACUUUUAACUAACAAUUAAAUUUUCAAAUUUAAACUGGUUCUGAAGAGAUUUUAAUAAAACUAUUUGUAUAAGAUAGAAAUCAGAAAAGAAUAUUAAUUGGGUAAAGUCAUUUAGAUUUGGGUGAAAUGCAUGAUCAAUAAGUUCAUUCUUAGCAAUUAUAAUUGGUUAAUGAGAGAUAAUAACAAUUACAAACAUAUUUAUAAAUUGAAUCUCAAUGGAUUCACAACAAAUUAAAAUAUCACUAAGAGAUGAUUCUUAAAUACGAACAAACUAUUUAAUAGAGUUAAAUUGACAUUGAUGAUUACUAAAGAGAUUUAUUGACAAUUCAAUAGCCAUUUUUGGAGAACAAUCUUAGAAAUAAUUUAUAAUAAUCAUUAAAGUAACCUUAAAACAGUUCUUUGCCCCAACAAAAUCAAGCUUUUCUAUAUCAAUAACAAUAGAAUUUUAUUCCUUAAUAGAAAACAUUUCAGAUGUAACCUCAACAAUAAUAAAAUAUUCAAAUUCAUCAACCUGAUCCUACUGUUUAAGAUGAAUUAUCGGAUGAAUUAUAUUAUGGGUUUAUCUUAUAUAUGGUAAUGCUCCUUUUGGCCUUAUUUUAGUGUUUUGCUCGUCCAGAUUAUUUAGAUAUAAUCCUAGCAAUGCUGUAUAUGAUAAUCGUAUGUAGAGACUGUUUGGAGUCUACCUAUAUUAAAAUUGUAGGUGCUUUAACUAUUUUAAGUGUAAUAUAUGAUAUCGUGUGGAUUAGCAUCUACAAAAAUUGGUGGAGUGGCACUGAUAAAACUCUGCCAACAUGGGGUGAGGCAGGUGAUCCUAUUGUUAGAAUGACACUAGUUUUUUGUGUUUUUAACAUAAUUUUGAAGACUGCUUUGUGUUAUAUAUUGUUCCAUUAUUACAAGGAAUCUCAAGAGAAUAAGAUUAUAGUUUUUAAAUUUUGGUAAUUCGAAUUUCAAGUGGGAGCGCAUAAGCAAAAUUUAUUUACUUUAAAGGGGCUUUUGUUGUGAUUAUAUCAAAUAAAAUGUUUUUUUCAUUAUUUAUUAUAACUUUUGGCAAAA